UUGUAGUAAGAGAGCUGCACACGACGGAAAAAUCUAGUCGUUCCGUUUCGUUUUCUCGGGUUCCACGUAGUGCUGGCCCGCAAGUUUCCGCUUCUCCUCGUUGUCGUCUAAUUCUUCUUUGGUUAUGUAUUUCGAAACCUUUUGCAACGCCAACUGCCGCUUCUUCUCCGUUAAAAGCCGCUGGAUCUCUUCGUCCGUCGGCGUACAUCAAAUAUUUUUAUUCCCUCUGCGUCCACCUCUUCAGUCAGGAAACUUCGGGCGCGGAAGCGUGAAUGACUGGCACAGAUAGAGCCUGCCGGAAGGUGAAUAAAUACGGUUCAGGAUCAGGACGAGGCAUUUUUAUUUUUUUGCUGCAGCGAGUUACAGUUUGCUAUUUCUUCGAGAAGCAUUCCCUAAGUUGUACGAGUAACUAUGCGAAGAUCUUCUCUCAACGUCAGUUGCACUCCCCAAUGUCUGGUAAAGAGACAGAAACAUUCCCGGACGAUACAUACUUUCUUUAUUGAAAACAUUGGUAUAUAAUCGGAGAAGUAAGAGUAAGUAGAAACUACGUGCGCCUGAGGUCGGACAUGUUGCUGCGCCAACAUGAAAACCACUCUUGAGAAG